UGCAAAAUAUGGCAAAAAUAUUGAAAAAAUAAAAAGAAUUUUGAAAAGAAAGCUGAGCGUGAGUUCGAGCGAAAGCGAAAGAGAGCGAGAGGGCGAGAGAGAAAGUAAGUUUGUGGUGCGGAAAUGAAGGAUGUCAGUUGUGUGCACAUCGAAGAAAGCAACGGAAAUUAAAAUUUGCAUGUGCAGCCGGCUGCAGCAGCAGGACACACAGGACACACGCAGCACACCGAGAAAGAGAGAGAGAGAGGCGAGAGGCGGUCAGCGGCGGGGCCAAAUGCCCAAAAUGUGGCAACAAUGUGGCCAAGAGACGAGCUGCUGCUGCCAAGGCUCGGUGAAGCCGGCAAACGAAUUCAGCACUCAAAAACUCAGCUCGAAGCUGUUUUUUGAAUAAACUUGACGGCCAGCUAAAAGGCCAAAGAGCCAACGGACAGAACGAGAGACAGAGAGAGAGAGAGAGCGAGAGCGAGCGAGAGAGCGAGAUAAUCAGAUCUGUUGUGCAUUAGCUGACAACCAGAUAAAACGCUCAACAACAUUGACAACAACUUCAUCAACUGCGACAACGUAUUUUCGGGUCCAUCCUAGACCACUCUAGCUGCAGCUGAAAGCGCCCUCCCCAACACCCACCCCCCCCUCCCCCUACCCACGCCAUGGCAUUGCAGGGACAGACGUUCUGCUUCUCGGCAGCUGGAUUUAUCGCUUGCUCAGCAAUCGUUCUGCUUUGCAGUUCCGAGGUCCUGUCCAGCUGGGAGGAAUGGUGGACAUACGAUGGCAUUUCCGGUCCCAGCUUCUGGGGCCUCAUCAAUCCGCAGUGGAAUAUGUGCAACAAAGGACGCCGCCAGUCGCCCAUUGAUGUGGUGCCCGACAAGCUGCUCUUCGAUCCGUACCUGCGACCGCUGCACAUUGAUAAGCACAAGGUUUCCGGCACGCUGCACAACACGGGUCAAUCACUCGUCUUUCGCGUGGACAAGGACACAAAGCAGCACGUGAACAUAUCCGGAGGUCCUUUGGCCUAUCGCUACCAAUUCGAGGAGAUUUACAUACACUACGGCACCGAGAACAGUCGCGGCUCCGAGCACUUCAUACAGGGCUACAGUUUCCCGGGCGAGAUACAAAUCUAUGGCUUCAACAAGGAGCUGUACCACAACAUGUCCGAGGCGCAGCAUAAAUCACAGGGCAUUGUCGGGCUCUCGUUGAUGGUGCAAAUUGGCGAAACGCCCAAUCCAGAGCUGCGCAUCAUAACAAGCACAUUCAACAAGGUGCUCUAUAAAGGCUUCUCGACGCCCAUUCGGCACAUAUCGGUGCGAUCGCUGCUGCCGAAUACGGAUCAUUAUAUUACGUACGAGGGAUCCACCACGCAUCCGGGCUGCUGGGAGAGCACCGUCUGGAUAAUAGUUAAUAAACCCAUCUAUAUCACCAAACAAGAGUUAUAUCAACUCCGACGACUGAUGCAAGGCUCCGAGAGUACACCGAAAGCUCCAUUAGGUAAUAAUGCGCGACCCGUGCAAAGUUUACACCAUAGAACCGUAAGGACGAACAUAGAUUUUAAGCGUCAUAAGAAUCAAAACGCAUGCCCUUCCAUGUACAAGGACAUGUAUUAUCGUGCGAAUCGCUGGUCGCCAGACACGGGACUUCUGAUACGUUGACGACAACAACAACAAAGACAACAACAAAUAGAACAACAACAAAUAGAACAACAACUGGAACUGGAACUGGAACUGGAACUGAGGCUGGCAACGCAUUUCGCAUUUUUGAUGCCGCAUUCAAAUUUGAUAUUCACGUUUUUAAAACGAGCUCAGGAUUCGUUUGGCUUGCAACAUUCCUAAAAACAGCAACAACAACUAUUACAAAAAAACAACAAACAUCGCAUAUAUAUAUAUACACACAUACACACACAAAAAUAUAUAUAUAUCGUUUCAUUAAUAGCAACAAGGUAUAAACAGAGUUCGACUUCGGCUAGCCGAAUGUCCAAUGCCCUUGCAGAGUCCUCCGCCUGAACCUAAUGCCGGCCUAGCCCUCAAAUUAGUCUAGCUUUCUUCUAAACAUAUAUACACACACACACACACAUACAUAUGCACAUAUGCUUCUUCUUCUGCCCUAUGCCCCAUGCGUAUAACUUCGGUGUUUAUAGUCCGAUCUUUAUGAAAUUGAGAGACUUUUAAGAUGACAUAAAAAAGUAGACAUUUACCAACUUUGGUUAGAUCAAGGAAAAAUAUUAUAGAGACAAUUUAUACUCAUAAUACUCCCCACAAGGCUAUAAAAUCAGAAGCAGAGAUCCUUUUGGUUCCAUGGAGUUGAUAUCUCAUGUGAAAAAGUCAAAGUACUCUCUCUCUCUCUGCAGGGGCAUGCCCUAACAAAGCGCAAAAAUAUUUAUGAACAAAUAACAAACAAAAACAGUUAAUGCCAUGGAAGCUAACUAAAAUAUAGUUAAAUAAAUAAAUUCAUAAUAAAAUAAAGAAAUAAAGAGCCUAGAUAUAAGCACAACGCAUACAGCAAAAAUUUCAUUUGGGCGAAUGGCAGGACACGCCCCACGCUGUGCCACAAAUUAAUUGCUGCCUUUUCAUAUUUGUGAAAUAACAAAAAUGCGUUUAAUAUUAGUUCAAACACACACACACACUCACACACACACACUCACACAC